UAUACCAGACAUUGGGUGUGUCUGCCUCUAUGGCCUGCCUAAGACAAUGAGCCAGCUAUACCAGGAAGUUGGAAGAGCAGGCCGUUCUGGGCAGCCAGCCACAGCCGUGGUACUUGCAGGAAAGACAGAGACACCAGCGGAGGAGGGCCUGCAGAAGUUUGUGGCUGGAGACUCCUGCAUCAGGACGGCAAUGCUGGAGUCCCUGGGAAGCAGGCCGGCAACCUCUGACAACUGCUGCUCAUACUGCCAAGAAGAGAGGGAAGCAAAUGAGGGCGCAUACAUGCUACACCCAAGACAGGUGAUUGUACAAAAGCAAAGAGCAGCCAAGAAAAGGAAGCGGUUGGAUGGGGAUGCUGAGCACCUGGAGACCAACCUGCGUUCAUUGAGAAAUGAACUUUUUAUGAAUGACAGUGCAUUAAAACAUGUUGGGCCACAAGGCGUCUUAUCAGACAAUGCCAUCAACAAAAUCAAAGCAGCUGCACGGAGUGUCCACACGGUUGAGGACCUGUGUAAGAAGGUGAAGGGGGUUAGACAGCACAUUGCACCCCGUAUCUUAGAACUCAUUGCUGCUGACUUCCCUGAGCCUGAGCCACCUGCGAGGAGAAGACGUGGACCAAGGAGGCCUCUCGAAGAUAUCACAAAUGCAAACUGAUCAUAUUUUGUGACAAUAAUGU